UCGCGUUUUUUUGUUGCAAGAGUCUUUCAGAGGUGCAGCCAUGGCCGAGGCCAGCACCACGAGCACUUCUAGACUCAGUGGGCUCACGGGCUCGCGCAAGAAGACCCAGCUGGAAGUGCUGCAGCACCUGGUGACCAAGCACAUUACGGACCCGUCCCUCAUAAACCUGGCGAAUGCGAGCGACUUUGGGAUCACGUCCACUGAGCGUGGCAUCUCCCGCUACGAGAACACCCACCUGGUGGCAGCGUUGGACACGCUGUUAGCCUACCAGCGCGACCGGCGUGCCAAGGCGCUCGGCGGUCUCGCCAUCAUGAGGAGGUCGUACACACACGACCCCCGGACACGAUUGAUAGAGCUCCUGAAGCGGUGGUUGCGGGCCAGCGCACCGAACAAGGACGUUCUGGAAGAGGAAGUGCACAGAAUGUGCAUGCUUUGUCGUGACAUCCUCAAUCACCCAAACCUGUUCCCGUCUCGCAACACUAGAAGCUUCAUGCAGACGCUCGCGGAGGUCUACCAGCACCUGCAGGUCCAGCUGCGGGAAGUGCUGGAGAGAGACCGCACGUGCGCGGAGCUGGCAGUGCGGUGCCUCUCCCUGAGCAGGAACCUCAUCGCCGACGCCAUCAUCUUCCUGCUGGUGGCCACCACUGACCUGGGGAAGACGGACAAGCUGCCGUCGGUGGAGGUGGUCGCGCUGUGGCAGUCCCUGCCCAGCGAGACGAACCCGCUGCCGAGCCGCGCCGAUGUGGCGCUGCAGAAGCUCAUGAAGGAGGGCUGGCAGACCACGUGCGGUGCGGUGGUGGCCCGACUGCUGAGCAUGCCGUCCACCUUUCGCGUCUUCGACUCCGCGGGGGCCGAGGCUGAGGCCCAGGCCUCGAGCGGCUUCACGGCCGCGGGCGGCGCCACGGGCUCGACCAGUCAGCCGGCGACGGCGGCGGAGAUCGACGGCGCUGGUGUCCGCAAUCGCGGCGGACAGCGUGACCACUUUCUUCGCGGAGGUCCGGCAGGAGCUGGAAAGGGACGCGCUCAAGGCGAACUCCGGCUUCGCGGGGCCCUUCCGGGAGGCCCGGCUAAAGAAGUUCCGGCUGACGUUCGUGGACGCAGCGGAGACCGUGUUCCACCUGGUCUACCUUCUGGGCGAAGUGCUCGUGCACUUCCAGAGGAUCAGCGACGGAAUGGGCGAUUACGGCAUGAUCCGGGUGGCUCCGUGGCUCCACCCGUUCUUGGACGCGAUCGUGGAUAA